ACUCUAUUGGAAACACCCAUAAUUACACCCAACUACCAAUCCUUUUCAUAAUACUGAAAUCUGAGCUCUCAACUCUUUAUUCUUCCCCUUCUUCACUUCUCACUUUGACAACUUCCAUUUUUAAUAUCCCAAUAUUCUCCUCCUCCUCCUCCUCCUCCACCAACCACCACCACCACCACCAUGCACCACUCUUCCUUCACCGUGACGUCCGUCAACGGCUUCUACGACUACCUCACCCAAAGCCUUGACGAUCUUUGUUGUCGUUUUGACGCGCAUAACUAUAUGUCUAUCCAAUUCCUUCAACAUGUCCUCUCAUUACUUCAAUCUUUCCAUUACCAAUUGACACAUCUUGUACAAAAACUACACUUGCCUGGUGGCGAAAAAUGGCUGGAUGAGUACAUGGACGAAAGCACCCGUCUUUGGGACGUGUGUCACGUCCUGAGGACGGGUGUUUCCAACAUGGAAAACUACUACACCGCCGGCACUAAUAUCUCUUAUUCCCUCCAAAACAACCAAUCGUCGCGCCAAGUUCUUAGAGCGAUCACUAUUUGCCGAAGGGAAAGAGUGGGAUUAGAGGAAGCAAACCGAAGCUUGAUCGAAACAAGAAUUCAACCGUCACUAAUGAGGUUCAACAUGAAUGUCUUGAGCGAAUCGAAGCUUAGAGGAUUCAAUGGCUUUAGAGGACUUCUUCAUGCACUAAAGAACACAAAUUCAUUGCUUUUAAGUAUCUUAUUGAGUGGUCUAGUUUAUUGCUCCUCUCAAACAAGCUUAUCAUCAAGCCAAGGCAAUAAUACACACGCGUGCAACGAAGGGGAAUCAGCUUCCAGGUCGAGUUUCAUGGUCUCGGCUGCACGAUUACAUGAAAUAAUGAAGGAGAGUGAAGGCGCGCAGUUGGGAAUUUUGCUUCACGAGUUUCGCCAUUCGGUAAACAUUAUAGAUGAACUCAAAACAGAAGUUGAAAGGGUGGAAGUGGAAUAUGAUCGAAAUGAGAGGGUUGAAAUGUUAAAUAACAGUUUUGGGGUAUUGAAAUGUGGAGUUGAGAAUGUGAUUGGCCAGCUUGAUGACUUCUUUGAUGAGAUGGUUGCAAGUAGAAAGAUGCUCUCGGACUUAUGAACUCAAAUAUAGGAAAUUUUAUAUAGUAUUAUAUAUUUUAGUGAUUUUUUACAGGAACACACACUUCUUACUAAUACAAAAGUUCAUUUAUUGUUCAAUUUAUGAGAUUUAAAUUUGUACCAUUUU